AUGACUGAAGAGUUGGUGGAUUUGAAAAUAGGACAACAGGUGGGCAAUUGGAUUGUAGAGAAACGAUUGGGUGGUGGGAGUUUUGGGGCCAUUUAUCUAUGCAAAGACAGCAAGAAAGGAGGACAAUAUGCUUUAAAGGUGGAAGAAGCUCAUGUAAUCAUACAGUUAUUAAAAAUGGAACUUGUGGUGUUGAAUGAGUUGAAAAACAGCAAUACACGACAUUUUUGUACUGUAGAAGACAAAGGUCGAGAGCAGAACUUUAUUUACAUAGUGAUGACACUUGUUGGACGAUCACUUGAGGAUCUACGAAUCUCAUCACCGCAGAGGAAAUUUAGUUUGGGAACAGCAAUAAGUGUGAGCAUACAAUGUCUUGAGGCACUGCAAGAAUUACAUUCUAUAGGGUAUUUGCACCGCGAUGUGAAGCCAGGAAACUAUACAACCGGUCGCGCAGAGAUGAACGAACUUAGGAAGAUUUAUCUGCUAGAUUUUGGAAUGUGUCGUAAAUAUAUCCAACCUGAUGGUACUAUCAAAAUGCCACGAACGCAAGCAGCCUUCCGCGGGACAGUAAAAUAUGCCCCUUUGGCUUGCCACCUACGGAAGGAUUUAUGUCGUUUGGAUGAUUGUGAAUCUUGGUUUUACAUGAUGAUUGAAAUCACCAAAGGCAGUCUCCCCUGGAGAAGCCUCAAUAACCUGGAUGAGGUUGGAAAUUGCAAAAAGUAUUGUCGAUCGCGUCAGACGGAAGCAAGACAACUGUUCAGUGGUUGUCCACGAGAUUAUAUUCAAGUGAUGAGAAUGAUUGAUAGAGGAUAUUAUUUUGAUGAACCAAAAUAUGAAGAAAUGUAUAGCAUAUUACGCAAGGUGCUUAAAAUUGCUUGUGUUUCGGUAAGCACUAAACGUAAACGUUCAAUCCAAUUAAUAGUAUGGGAAUAUCCAUACGAUUGGGAAUUAAAAGAAUAA